GUGGCAACGCUCAGUUCGAUCAGCACAAAGUAGUGAUCUCGUUUCUUGCAAUUAAAAACACAAAUUGUUUGCAAUAACAACAAAUAUCUAUAAAAUACCGUUUCGGUGUUAAAAUAGCAUAAUCUAAUAUAUAACUAAGCGCUUAAUAAAUAUUAAAAAUACAAAAACUAAUUCUUACGAAAUGGCACUGAAGUAUUUGAUUUUCGCUUCUGCGCUCUGCCUUACCAUGGCUUCACCCAUAGGCCACUAUUAUGAAGAACAAGGUGGCUAUGAAGAGCUCGGCGGACAUGAACUUGGCGGUCACGAGCUUGGCGGCCACGAUCUUCACCAAAUCGAACGCGUCUCUUUGGGCGAGGAGCAUCACGGCUAUGAGCAAGAGGAAGAGCAUGUGGAUUACUAUGCUCCACCAAAAUACGCUUUCAAAUACGGCGUGAAUGACUUCCACACCGGAGAUGUGAAAUCGCAACAUGAAUCGCGCGAUGGUGAUUCCGUUAAAGGUCAAUAUUCCUUGGUUGAACCUGACGGCUCCAUCCGCACCGUGGACUACACCGCGGACAAACACAACGGCUUCAACGCUGUCGUGCACAAAACCUCACCAGUACACCACGAGGAAGGACAUUAUUAAGCAAAUUUGAAGGCAUAAACGAUUUAAAUGUAAUUGAAGCCAAGCUUAGCAACAGCGGCAGCAGCAGAAAUAUAGUACUUAGUUGUAAAUUCCAAACGUAUUAGCUAAAUUAUAAAAUGAAUGGAAAGUUGAAAGCGAACACGCAACAAACAAGCUGAGAUUACUUAAUACACACAACUAGAUUUUCAUGACUCAAUCACAAAUAUUCACUUCAACUGCCAUCUUAGAAAAUUUUGACUGUCUACGGUAGAAUUUUAGUUUUUUCUCAUAUGGAUUUUAGCGUGUAUGUCUUUACCUUAUGUGUAUAUGUAUAAAUAUUAUUUCUCUUUAACGAGUUGGAGACACUGUGAUAGCGUUAAUAUUCUAACUCAUUCGACUGUUCAUUACUCUAACCAUUUGCCAUUCGCCAUUAGCACUAUUAUCACCUCUAUGUAUGUAUAUAUGUUUGUAUGUAAUUUUAAAUCUACUUUAUUUUCGAACUGUAAUUAGUCACUAUCUUUUAUUAAACGGUACUUUAACUAUGAACUGAUGCAGCGAACUUAUUUGGGAACUAACGAAUUUGCACUUAUUUUAACAUAGAAACAUUGUGACGUCAUUUUAGUUUAUUAAAAGUGGACAGAAAAUGUGUUUUAUUAUUAAAAAAAACUUUAAUUCGUUUUUUAAUUGUUUUUUCUUAAAUUUUCUAACCUUAAAAUUGAAGAAUUCUUAUUAGACAUUGUUUCUUAUGGCUUUACUAACUAACUCACCGUUAUAAUGAUUGCUUACUUCUUAUAUUCGAAACCAUUUAACUGCAGUUGAAUUUAUUGUGUUGUCGAAAAGUAGUGUAAUAAUAUUUUUCUUUAUUUUUUAAGCUGCUUGCAGAUCUAGAUUUGAUUUUCAGGUGUUGAAGUGUGAAAAUAACUCAUCAAUAUGCACUGUAAAUUAAUAAAAGAUUGAAAAAAUA